GCGCGCGGGCAAGCGAGCGGCUCAACAAGCUCAACCCGACCAAAUGCCGCUGCUCCUCACCUCCUCCUCCUCCUCCCUGCGGGCGCUGCCGCCGCCGUUGGCCGCCGCCUCGCCCAGGGCCUGCGUCAGGGUCGCGGCUUCCGCCUCCGCCCCGGACGGGGUCGGCGCCACUGCGAGCGGGUUCCCUUCAUUCAUUCCCCGAGCGGUGCAGCGCAUCCGCGACGGCGCCGCCAUCCGCCUCGCCAAGCGAAUCGAGCGGGUGCCCGUCCAGACCAGUUUCUCGGGGAGUCCAAUUCUGAGCAGCUGCGUGAGGCCGCUCAAGCAGCAGCAGGACGCCGACCCGAUCGUCCUGCUCCAUGGCUUCGACAGUUCUUGUCUAGAGUGGAGAUACACCUACCCGUUGCUUGAGGAGGCUGGACUGGAGGCAUGGGCUGUGGACAUCCUUGGUUGGGGCUUCUCUGAUUUAGCAACACGGCCACCAUGUGAUGUUGCGUCCAAGCGGGAGCAUCUUUACCAGUUCUGGAAAUCCUACAUCAAAAGGCCUAUGGUGUUAGUCGGGCCCAGCCUUGGUGCUGCUGUUGCCAUUGAUUUCUCAGUCAAUUAUCCGGAAGCGGUUUCAAAACUGAUCUUCAUUGGUGCAAGUGUAUACUCCGAGGGCCCAAAAGAUAUGACUAGGAUGCCUAAAUUUGUUUCAUAUGCUGGGGUGUUUAUACUGAAGAGUCUUCCACUGCGAUUUUUAGCAACAGGCUUGGCCUUUAAUAAAACUCCAAAUGAAUUCUUUGAUUGGGUGCAAAUCGGGCGUCUGCAUUGCCUACUUCCUUGGUGGGAGGAUGCUACAGUAGAUUUUAUGAUUAGAGGGGGAUAUAAUGUCAUAAAACAAAUAAAACAGGUGAAGCAUAAAUGCCUGAUCAUGUGGGGAGAGGAUGACGGGAUAAUAAGCAGCAAACUAGCAUAUAGAUUGCAUCAGGAACUCCCAGAUGCAAUUCUGAGGCAGGUACGGCAGUGUGGCCAUAUUCCUCAUGUCGAAAAGCCAAGGGAAGCUGCGAAACUUGUUCUUGAAUUCCUUGAAAGGGAUAAAGCCGAAAAGGCAGAUGGGGCUUCUGUAACACCAGUACUCACGAAUGGCUGAACAGAUCUGCCUUCAGCUUCAGCUUCAGGCUAGGGCUGCAUAAAGUGAAAUGGCUCAUGGAUGAUGGACAUAAUUGCUAUAUAUAUGCUCGAUGUGGUUUCAGAAAUGGUUAGUGAACUUGUUGAAGUUUCGCCGUAUGGUCAUGGGCUCAUGGCCGGCCAGGGUGUUGUGCGUCGGUGAACAGUCCAGUGGAUGAACAAGUGACGCUAGAAGAUGCAGCGCACGAAGAGCCAGGCGUCCUUGCCGGUCAGCUGCUCCGAUUUUAGGUUGUUGGUCAGUUAGCACUAGCAGUACUAGGGCACUGCAAGAUGUUUAUGACACGGGGAUGAGCUAACAAGUAACAACAGUGCAACUGUCAAUCUGCCAUGUAGUGGGUUCGUGUUCGUGCAGGCUGUGUCCUUUCUUUUUUAGAGAAAAAAAAAGGCUGCGUUCUUUCGUGUUUUUUUUUUUGAGGUUAGGCUGCGUUCUUUCGUUUGUUGUACGUGUUCCAUGGCCCGUGCUCGGUUCAGGAAUCGAUUAUCGCGUUUGUGAUUUGCUCUUUAACAUUCACAUA